GGAUGGAUCAGACGGUGCAGAAAAGCGGACUCCAGUGACUCUGGGAUUGCAUUGGCAACGUGUGUCCUCAAGCUUCUCCUCAAGCUGGGGAAGGGGGGAAGUCGGGGCUCCGGGGCAGCAAAGUAAGUGGAGAGGGUCUCCUGCCGCCCCGCGCGCCCCUGGCCAUGUUGUCUUUAAUGCCUGGCACCUUAGCGCGGCCCUCUGAGUGUCCCCAGGGCUGGCCCGGGUCAUUUCCCAUCCGUGCGUUCUUUCUCACCCCCAGCCAAAUCCGGCAGGCAGGGCUCGCCCAAGCCCAGACUUUUUGACUCCCUGCUCCCUGGCUGUCUCCUCCGCCCCCGCCCGAGGGUGGCCCUCCAGAGCCGGAUCUGCCAGGCCCCGGCUGGGACCAUGGUGUUUCUCUCUGGAAAUGCUUCUGAAGGCUCCAACUGCACCCACCCGCCAGCGCCAGUGAACAUUUCCAAAGCCAUUUUGCUCGGGGUGAUCUUGGGAGGCCUUAUCAUUUUCGGGGUGCUGGGGAAUAUCCUGGUGAUCCUUUCCGUGGCCUGUCACCGGCAUCUGCACUCGGUCACUCACUACUACAUCGUCAACCUGGCGGUGGCCGACCUUCUUCUCACCUCCACGGUGCUGCCUUUCUCAGCCAUCUUCGAGAUCCUGGGCUACUGGGCCUUUGGCAGAGUUUUCUGCAACAUCUGGGCAGCGGUGGACGUUCUGUGCUGCACCGCGUCCAUCAUGGGCCUUUGCAUCAUCUCGAUCGACCGCUACAUCGGGGUGAGCUACCCGCUGCGCUACCCCACCAUCGUCACCCAGAGGAGAGGGCUCCGGGCUCUGCUCUGCGUCUGGGCGUUUUCCCUGGUCAUCUCCAUUGGGCCCCUGUUUGGCUGGAGGCAGCCGGCCCCCGAGGACGAGACCAUCUGCCAGAUCAACGAGGAACCGGGCUACGUGCUCUUCUCGGCUCUGGGCUCCUUCUAUGUACCACUAACCAUCAUUCUGGUCAUGUACUGCCGCGUCUACGUGGUGGCCAAAAGGGAGAGCCGGGGCCUCAAGUCUGGCCUCAAGACAGACAAGUCAGACUCAGAGCAAGUGACAUUACGCAUUCAUCGGAAAAAUGCUCAGGCGGAAGGCGGCGGCGGGGUGGGCAGCGCCAAGAACAAGACGCACUUCUCCGUCAGGCUCCUCAAGUUUUCCCGGGAGAAGAAAGCGGCCAAAACGCUGGGCAUCGUGGUUGGCUGCUUCGUGCUCUGCUGGCUGCCCUUUUUCCUAGUGAUGCCCAUUGGGUCUUUCUUCCCUGAUUUCAAGCCCUCAGAAACAGUUUUUAAAAUAGUAUUUUGGCUCGGAUACCUGAACAGCUGCAUCAACCCCAUCAUCUACCCAUGCUCCAGUCAAGAGUUCAAAAAGGCCUUUCAGAACGUCUUGAAAAUCCAGUGUCUCCACAGAAAGCACCCUUCCAAGCAUGCCCUGGGCUACACCCUGCACCCCCCCAGCCACGCCCUCGAGGGACAGCACAAGGACAUGGUGCGCAUCCCCGUGGGAUCUGGAGAAACCUUCUAUAAGAUCUCCAAGACGGAUGGGGUCUGUGAAUGGAAGUUUUUCUCUUCCAUGCCCCACGGAUCUGCCAGAAUUACAGUGUCCAAGGACCAAUCCGGCUGCACCACAGCCAGGGUGAGGAGUAAAAGCUUUUUGCAGGUCUGCUGCUGUGUGGGGCCCUCGACCCCCAACCUUGGAGAAAACCACCAAGUUCCAACCAUUAAGAUCCACACCAUCUCCCUCAGUGAAAAUGGGGAGGAGGUCUAGAGGAUGGGAAAGGUCAGAAGGAAGAAGGACCCCUGAUACCCUCCCCCACUUCCUAUUUGGAAGGCCAGCUCAUCCUUUCUU